AUGUUUCGCCGACAUCGCAAGAACCAAGACUACGCCGCAUCUACCACUUCAAGCAAGACCCGGGAGGACGACAGGGCAAUCGCCGCGAACCUUCGCGACCUCGGCCUGGUUGGCUCCCGAUCCUCUAAAUCAAGUAGCCGAAGACCUCGAACCGGCACAGACCCCAACUCCUACUCAGAAGUACCGACCUAUCCUGAAAAAGGACAUUCGAUCACCGCCAGAUCUCUUCGAGGGCAGGGCUCAGCUUCUUCCGCUGGCUCAGUGAGAUCAGGUAUUAGCACUAAUUCGCGUCGAGUCGGAAGCAUCGACAACAACGUCAUGGCCACCAACGCUGAUCGAAGUCGCUCGCGACGAGAGCGCACUUUUGUGGGCAGUGAGUGUGCUGUGUGUGAGGAGCCUCUUGAGCACACUCUGAGAGGCGAGCGCAUUCUGCAAUUCUCCUGCUCACACGUCUCCCAUGAGGCGUGCUUCUACGAGUUCAUUCGUGAAUUUGAAUCACAAUAUUGCCCGUCAUGCGAUGCGCCGUUGCAUUUGGACACUAGCCGAGGUGGUAAUGUGAUUGAUAUAGAGAAAAUUAGCAAUAUCGUCCGUUCGGCAGGCAGUGACUCGAGGUCUAAUAUGACACCUACCCCGACAGCAACUCCUUGGGAUACCCAGACUGCUCGACCACCCAGUCUGGAGAGCAACCAAAGACGCCAUAUGCAGCAGCAGCAGCAGCAGCAGCAACAACAACAACAACAACAGCAACACGGUGGCCGUGAUAGUGUUGCUCGGGGUAGCUUGAGAGAUAGCCGAGAGGCCCUUUCAGAUCGUUACGGCCCCUCGCGCCAUGCUCGUAGCGACAGCGAGGCCACAGGAGUUGCAUCAUCUGGAGGAUAUCCCGAGACGACACAGAGCGGACCUCCCAGGCGUCACGACUACGACGUUCAGGCCAUGGAGACGACACCUGCUAGCCCUCGUGGCAUCACCCGAAAUCCUAUCCCAGCACCGAUCGUGACGGUGCGCUCAGAAUUCCCCACUCUCAACCGAUCACGCCAACAACAGACUCUCACUUGCCUGGUCACUGUCGAGGUGCCUGACAACAAGUGGAGGCCGGAUCCAGAGGAUUUGGGAGCACCAGCUCCUCAACCGCCUCCUGUGGUCAACCGUGCUGAGGAGGCCUAUGGCCGACCGCCUUCGCCAGCACGAAGCGCCCCUCGCUUCUACCCUUAUGAAUCAACAGAAGUCUUGGAGGAGAUGACCGAUAGUCUUCGCAACCGCGUCGACAACUGGCACGGCUUAGACUUUAGCAGAUUCGGCAAGCUUAGACUCUAUGGCACCCUUAGAGUGGGUAAAGAUAAAGUCUCGUGGCAGGAGCUGGAGUGCUUCCUUUUUGCCGAGAUGCUUAUCUGCGUCAAGGAGAAGAAGAUCCCGCCUCAGAUGGCGCAGCAGUGGGAUGAGAAUGGCGCCCCUCGCAAGACAACUCGAUGCACCCUCAAGGGAUCCAUCCUCAUCAAGAAGCAUCUUAACGAGGUGUCGGAGACCGGAAAUAUUGACGAGAACAUCCUGACACUGAGUCUCUCGGUUGCCGAGCUGCCUCAGUUCCACCUCCGAUUCGAGAACCGCAACCAACUCAAGUUGUGGCAGCAAGCCCUCCUUGACUUGAAUGCUGUCGAGACAUCACCUGUCCGGAGCCCCGAAUAUGACCGUGGCGAGUCUGAGACCGAUGAGGAGCUUGAGUGGCAGCGCUCGCGCCCACAACGGGUCUCUUCAGUGGCCUCAUCCUGGGGUGGUGCUAGGUCGGUAACAACAGCACCGACCGAGUAUACCAACUUCCCAAGGAGCCCUGUUAUGACCAACUCGAUUCACGUUCCUAUUGACGUGGUCGUUGUGGUGCCCAUCUCUUCCUCGAUGCAGGGUGUUAAGAUCAACCUUGUCCGUGAUGCGUUGAAGUUCAUGGUCAACACUCUUGGCGAGCGAGACCGCAUGGGCUUGGUCACCUUCGGCUCAGGGGGCGGUGGUGUCCCAAUUGUUGGCAUGACGACCAAGGCCUGGCCUGGCUGGAGCAAUAUCCUGUCCUCCAUCAAGCCUGUCGGCCAGAAGAGCCACCGCGCUGAUGUCGUUGAGGGUGCCAACGUUGCGAUGGACCUCCUCAUGCAGAGGAAGUAUAACAACCCCAUUGCGUCCAUCAUGCUCAUCAGCGACGCAUCCACCUCCGAUGCCGAUAGUGUCGACUUCGUCGUCUCCCGAGCCGAGGCGGCCAAGAUCACCAUCCACUCGUUCGGUCUGGGCAUGACUCACAAGCCCGAUACUAUGAUCGAGCUGUCGACCAGGACCAAGGCAUCUUACACUUACGUCAAGGAUUGGAUGAUGCUUCGCGAGUGUCUGGCUGGCUGCCUCGGAAGCAUGCAGACCCUGUCCCAUCAGAACGUCAAGCUCAAGCUCAAGUUGCCCGAGGGCUCCCCUGCCAAGUUCCACAAGAUCAGCGGCGCGCUGCAGAUUACGAAGCGAGCCACCGGCCGGGACGCGGAAGCCUCGCUUGGCGACCUCCGAUUUGGCGACAAGCGGGAUGUUCUCGUUCAGCUGGUCAUUCUUCCCGACAACUCUUCGCAGGAGCAAUUGCCUCAGGACCCCUGGGACAACAUCGUGUCGGGCCUGGAAGCCCUUGGCGGUUCCAUGGACAACGAGAAUGAGAGGACCCUCUCGGUUGAGGAGGUGCCCUUGAUCCAAGCGGAUCUCUCUUGGGGUGAUAUUCUCCGAGAGGGUACCGUUACACACAUGCCCCGCCCAUCUCUCCUGGCCAUCACGAUGCUCCCAUCUAGCGGUGGCUCCAAGAAGCCAUGGCAGAACUCUCCUCCUAUCCCUCCUCACCCAAGCAUCGUGCAGCGCCGCAUGGAGCUGCUCACGUCUGAUAUGCUCACUCGGGCUCUGACUCUGGUGAGCCGUGGCCAGCAUGACCGUGCCCACACUCUUCUCAACGAGACCCGAUCGAUCCUCAAGGGUCUCGGAAAGGGAGGGCUGCCCCCGAUCCCUCCCAUGAACAAGUCGACCCCAUCGGCCCCGUCGACUCCUCACCCUGGAAACGACAGCUCGCCAGGACCUGCCACUACCCCCGACCGCAAGAACAGCCCUUCGCCCCCAGCGUCGGCCACCUCCUCUGCGAUCAACGGCUUCCCCACUGUUGGACGCAGCCGUUCUAACGACGGCCUCGGUCUCGGCGCCGGCAUCGACGCGAGCACUGUUGCAGCUCUUGAUGCUGAGCUGGAGAGCAGCCUUGAGUGGAUCAACCACCCAGCCGUCUUUGGCCGCGACAGCCGCAAGGCCGUCCUCCAGGCCAUUGGUGUUAUCAGCUCCCAACGUGCCUUCACCUUCCGCACCCCUAUCGAGGGCCUGUGGGCUGCCCGCGUCGGCGGCGUCAAGCGUCUCACGGAGAAGAGCCGUGAAUGGCGCGAGGAGGGCGGCGGCGAGGGCGGCAUCAUGGAGGAGGCUUAA